AUGCAAUCAAUUUUAAAGAAUAUCCAUCAAACAUCUACUUCUACUACUCUUAAAAUUUGUAGUAGAAAUUUUAUAUUAAAUAAUUAUAAUAAAAAUAACUAUAAUUUAUUUAAUUACAAUAAUUAUAAUAAUAAUUCGAAUUUAACAAUAAAAAGAACUUUUUUUUCAAAAUUAUUUGGUAAAAAAGAUAAUGAUGAAAAUAGUGGUAUCCCAAAAAAAAAGAAAGUUACAUUAGGUAGUGCAAUUAAAGGUGGAAAAAUUGAAAAAUUACAAAAUGGAUUCAAUUGGAGUAAUUUAAAAAAUAAUGAUGAUAUUAAAACUGCAAUCUACUCUAUUGGUGUUAAUAGUCAAGGUCAAUUAGGUUUAGGUGAUUGGAAAUCUGAAUCAACAUUAGUAUUUAAUGAACAAUUUAUAGAAUAUUCUGUAAAAUCUUUAAAAUCAACAUUUUUACACUCAUGUGCAUUUACAAAUGAUAAUGAUAUGUUAACAUGGGGUGCAAAUUUUAAUUUACAAAUUGGACAUAAAUAUGGAUCAAAUACAAGUAUAUUUCCAAAUUUUGUAGAGAGUUCACCAUAUUCAGUAAGAGUUACAAACUUUUCAAAAUCAGAUGUUAUUGGUGGUUCAAUUGGUGGUUGGUCAAGUUUUGCAAUCACCAAAGAUCAAAUUACAAAACAAAAUUCAAUUUAUAGUUGGGGUAAUAAUCAACAUGGUCAAUUAGGUAUUGGAACUUUAUUAAAUAUUCAAACUCCAAAUAAAAUUUUAUUUAAAGAUGAUGAUAAUAAUUCAAAUGAUAAUCAAAAUAAUAAUCAAAAUAAAUAUAAUAGUAAUAAUAUUAAAAAGAUAUCAAAUGGAUUAUAUCAUACAUUAUUUUUAUUUAAUAAUGGUAAAAUGUUAUCAUGUGGUAAAUCAGAUGAUGGACAAUUAGGUAUAUCAUUUUCAAAUAAUAAUAAUAAUAAUAAUACAGCAACAACAAAAACACCAGAUAUAAAAUUACCAGUACCUUCAAAUUUACUUGAUAAAUUUAAAAUGGUUGAUAUUGAAGCUGGUUAUUUUCAUUCAAUUGGGUUGACUGAAAAUGGUGACAUUUAUCAAUGGGGCAGAGGUAAAUUACGAUAUUUAGAUGGUAACGAUUUACAAUUAUCACCAUUUUCACAAAUGAAUGAUUAUGAUAAUAAUAAUAAUAAUAAUAAAAAAUUAAAUAAUAUAAUUUAUAAAAUUAAUGGUAUUCCAAUUAAUGAAAAAGUAAUUCAAAUCGGUGCUGCUGAUAAUUUGUCAAUGGCUUUAACUGAUAAUGGUAAAUUAUAUAAAUGGUCAUCAAUAAAUGAAAAUGAAAAUGAAAAUGAAAAUGAUAAUGAUAAUGAUAAUAGUAUUACAGCAGAAUUAGUUGAAUUCCCAGAGUUUAAUAAUGAAAAAAUAAAUAAAUUCUCUUUAUCAAAUACACAUGCUGCUGUGGCAUUUAAUGAAUCACCAAAUGAAAUUUGUGUAUGGUCACUUAGAGAUGAUUUCACAUUAGAGAAGAAACUUAGUAAAUCAAUGUUUGCAACAAUAUUACCAACUACUGAUUCCAAUAAUAAUAAUAAUAAUAAUAAUAAUAAUAAUAAUAAUAAUAAUAAUAAUAAUAAUAAUAGUAAUAUAAAAAGAUUCACUCUACCAACUGAUCAUAAAGUUACUGAUAUCUCUGUUGGUACUCAUUUUUUAAUUUUAUUGGCAAAUAAAAUAAAAUAA